CGGCCCGUCGAGAUAGCCCUGUCGGACCUCACCGCGGCGACGGACGGGUUUGCAGAGGGCAAGCUGAUUGGCAGCGGCGGCUUCAGCCGCGUCUACGAGGCGUCGGCCAACCUCCACCUCUCCCUCGCCGCGCCUCCGCAGCUGCGCCACUUGCCGCUCGUCGUCAAGCGGGCAAAGUCGGGCCAGUCGGGCGGCUUGUCGCGGGCGGAGCUCGAGGUGAAGCUGCUCAAGGCGGUGAGCCACCCGCACUUGCUGCCGCUGCUCGGCUACUGCCUCUCACCCGACGGCGUCUGCCUCCUCUCGCCGCUGAUGCGCGGCGGCUCGCUCGAGGCGCGGCUGCGUAUCUCGGAUCCCGACCGCGCUGCGCAGCUCCGGCGGCUGGGGAUGGUGGAGCCGCCGAGGCCGCUGACGUGGCGGCAGCGCGUGCGUGUCGCGUGCGAGGCGACCGAGGCGCUCGUCUACCUCCACUCGAAGGGCAUCGUGCACCGCGACGUCAAGCCGGACAACAUCCUGCUCGACGAGAAGCUGACCGCCGUGCUCGCCGACACGGGCUUCGCCAAGGACCAGCGUCCCGACGCGUCUGUCCGCUGCCGCUCGACCGCCCUCUACAUGUCCACGGGCUACCUCUGCCCCUCCAUUACCAAGGGCGGCGAGUACUCGAGCAAGACGGACGGCUACGCCAUCGGCAUCACCCUCCUCGUCUGCCUCACCAGCCGCUCCGAGGUG